GGUGAAGCCGGUAGUAGGAUCGUGGCCGUUCGAUCGUAAACACGGUCGCGUGUUAUCGGAACGCGGCAGAUAAGGAUCGCGCGACGGUAGACGCAGCUGGUCCGAUUCUGUCUGGCAGAGACUACUUAGUGCGAUCGAUCGUGGAUCUUCAUCGCGAUCGUGGAGCGACAGUGAAAGUGCGAAUCCGGUUUCGCUCGUCGUUCUCUCUCUUUUUCUCUCUCUCUCCUUCUUUCGCUGACGAGCAGCUGAAGGCGGCGAGUGCCGUCUGGCUGAGCAACGCGUUCCACGAGUGUGUGCGUUUGUAUGUGGAUCGGAUCCGUGUGUGACCGUGUGCUGGUAGUACUGUGGACAGUGCGCGCGGUGCUCGUCGAUCCUCGCCCGAGGUGCAACAUGACGGCGGACCACGAGACUGAGAGCAAGGUGAGGCUGAGGAGGACCAAGAGCGUCACCAGGGCCGAGGAGAUCCAGAAGGCCGAGAUGCUGGUGCGCAGAUCGCAGCCAGACAAAGCAUGUCAUCGUCCUAGAGAUAGUCUGUUCUCGUGGAGCUCGGGCUUUGACAACUUCACCGGGUUCGUCAACUGGGGCUUCCUGUUGCUGGGCAUCGGCGGAAUCCGAUUGCUGCUCGAAAACUUCAUAAAAUACGGGAUAAGGGUGGAUCCCUUGCAAUGGUUUCUCGUCCUCAGUGGCAAGUACGAAGACGACGAGGAACGACCAUCGAUCCUGCUCAUCAUCUAUUCCACGGUGCCGGUGAGCCUUUGUCUGCUGAUCGAAAAGGGGCUGUCGGUGGAUAUCAUAGCUCACGGGCCAGGAAUGGUGUUCCACGUCGUAAACCUCAUCGUGAUGGUACUGAUGCCGAUGGUGGUCAUCCACGUGAAGGAUUCCGGAUUCAGCCUGAUCGGCGCGAUGUUCGUGUGCAUGCUGUACGCGGUCCUGUUCCUGAAGCUCUGGUCGUACGUGCAAGUGAACAUGUGGUGUCGGCUGAGCAGUCGAAGAAAGGCAACGAGCCAGGGCAGAAUGCGACGGCAGUCUCUGUCGUACAACAAUUUGCAGUCAUCCACCGUGAAACAAAACGGGCCCGAGGUCGAUGACUCGAAGCACGACGUCGACGGGGUUACCACGGCCUUGGUGCAAUAUCCGGACAACCUGAAUCUCCGCGAUCUUUACUACUACAUCCUGGCGCCUACCUUGUGCUACGAGCUGAACUUCCCACGGACGCAACGGAUUCGGAAGAGAUUCUUGAUUAAACGCAUUCUGGAGGUGGUGGUCGGCUGCCAAGUGGUCCUGUCGUUGUUCCAGCAGUGGAUGGUGCCGUCCGUGAAGAACUCCCUGGUCCCGUUCAGCAACAUGGACAUUGCGAAGGCUUCGGAGCGCAUGUUGAAGCUUGCUAUACCGAACCAUCUGGUCUGGCUGUGCUUCUUCUACUUGAUAUUCCAUUCGUUCUUUAAUCUGCUCGGCGAGCUGCUGCAUUUCGCCGAUCGAAAUUUCUACUGCGACUGGUGGAACGCAAAUAACAUCGACACUUUCUGGAGGACGUGGAACAUGCCGGUGCACCGAUGGGCCGUGCGACAUCUUUAUAUCCCGAUCAUCGAGAUGGGAUAUGGACGGAAUACAGCCUCGGUGACGGUGUUCUUUAUCAGCGCAUUCUUCCACGAGUAUCUGGUCAGCGUGCCGCUCAAGACGUUCAAGACGUGGGCCUUCAUGGGCAUGAUGGGACAGAUACCGUUAUCCAUUCUGAGUAAGAAGGUGGAGCAGCAGUGGGGCGCCAGAUGCGGCAAUAUCGUGGUGUGGGCGAGUCUCAUUAUCGGACAGCCACUUUGCAUAAUGAUGUAUUACCACGAUUACGUGAUAACUCACUUCGGCGAGAUACUGGUCGAGGAUUAUUCGGUGGUGUAGGCUGCUACUGGACACGAUUAAACGGGAAGCGAUCGGAGAGCGGGAGAGAGAGAGAGAGAGAGAGAGAGAGAGAGAAGAAAGAGAGAAUGAGAGAGAGAGAGGAAAGAGAGAAUGAGACAGAGAUGGAGAAUGAAAGAGGAUGUGAGAGAAUGAGAGAGAAGGAGAGAAUGAGAGAGAACGAAAGUUCUCACCGACGUCGAAAACGGGCCACUUGUUCGUCGACGAUCUAUCAUGCAACGCGUUCCGUUCAGCGAAUUAUCCUUUUCCGCAAAGUCGACGCAACUCGUCCGAAUUUCGUUCCGGGAGAAGCGGACGUCGCGCGCAAGUGCCUUAAGUAUUAAGCCAUUCAACGAACGCCGGAGAAGCGUCGGCGCUAGGAACGGUCCAGCUCUUUUGUUAAGCGGGUGAUGGUUCCACACGGUGAUUAAAUAUUCGCGGGUUAGCUGUAAGACUCGGCCGCGUCGACAGGGCGAGUUUCCGUCGUUCCUUCUUUUCUACGCGAUUUACUCGGCUCCGCAGGUCAACUUUUUCAUACUUUCAUAGAGAUUAUAUACUUUAAGUCGCGCGCCUAGCCGAGAGGUUAGAGACCGAACGGAGCUCGCUCGUGUGGCUCGUAUUGGCGCAACGGGGAUCCAGGGACCAGCGAGUGAGGGGGGGGGAGUACGAUCGAGCCGUUAAAGCGGGGAAGAGUUGUUGCGCUAAUCCGAGGCAGACUGUGCGCUCGCGAUACGCGCGCGCCGGCUGUUCCGGACUGUCGCGAGGCGCAUUAAGGAAUUUUAUAAUUCGAAAGCAGGCCGUGGCCCGAUCGCCGGGGCCCCCGUAAAUCGUCGGGCUUCGCGCGGACACGGAUAUUGUGCGUGCGAUAAGACAAUAAUUCACCGUCUUCCUUUUUUUUCCUCCCAGCCCACCACCGCCGUUACGGCCCCCGGACGGACAUCCGUAAUAUUAGCUGUAAUAAAUUUGUCCGAGAAUGGAGUCCGCGUCGUUCCGCGUUCGGUAAAUAUUUUAGCUAAGCUCUCUGCACGCGUCUAGAAACCGCGCCGCCGUUUCGACGGCGGGCCGAUCGUCGACGCUGAAGAUUUAACGAACCGCCGCCACUGCUGCAGCCGCCGCCGAGGCUGCUGGUUUAUAUCUUUCUUCGCGGACAAGCCACCAUUUUCGCGGACUUCUACAGCCUGCCCAUUGCCGUCAUGUAACGCGCAACAGCGCGCCAGUUGUCGAAUAAAUGAGAUGUUUGUUAA